UCAUCUUCAUCUUUAACAUCCUCACUCCGGCCGCAUCUUAUGUAGAGCUUCUCUAUCGCAUCUCCUGUCCUCGGUCCCUCUUCUGAGCCCUUACGUGGAAGGGAAGUUAAAAAAGUUCUCUGAGGCAAGAUGGAGCAUCAUUUAAAAAUUGGCUGUUUAUUUUUGAUCCUCUUAUAUUCCACUUGUAAUGCUGAUAAAAAAGGAAGGAGGCCCACUGCUUCCCAUGUUUUGCCAGUCCUGGAACUAGUGGAGCCUAAAGGAACUCGCUAUGAUCCGGGCCCAGAAGAUACCGAUUCGAUUAAUCUUAGGAAUGCUUUGGGCAAAUUCUUCGAUUCCAAAGUAAUGAGUGAAAUGGAGCCCGAAGCAUAUACUUUAUUUCCCAAUGGGACAAUAAAACUUGGUUUGCGAAGAACAAGAUCUGGCCAUAUGGUGCCUCAAGGAACCCCUCCAAAACACAUUAAGAGGCUGCAUUUACAAAGUGUGAAAUUAGGCGAUGGUAACAGAAUAAACUUGAAGCUUGGCAAUAAAAUGAGAAGAAGAUUCCGUGACUUGCUGUGGUUGCACAGCCACUGCCCUCUCCUCCAGAAAUGGAAAGACUUAGGACCUCGCUUUUGGCCAAGAUGGUUCUUGGAGAAUUCAUGCGCUCCUCGUCCAACUUGUUCUUUCCCCAGAGGUAUGAUGUGUAAGCCUCACAAGUAUGAAGACAAGGUGCUUUUGAGGUGGCAUUGCCAAAACUGGGACGAGAAGAAAAACUGCGAAUGGCUCAAAGUGCAAUAUCCACUUGUAACUGAGUGUCGAUGUGGUUGUCAGUGAGCAGGUAGGUAACUUUUAAUCUGC